AUGGAGUGGGAAAAAGCCGGCACCGUCCCCUCGCACGUCUUCGCCACCUUCAACGCCCACAACAUGCUCCUCCCCAACCUCCCCGCCCCCCUGCCCGUAUCCUGGCUGAAGCGGCUAAACAUCCACGAGAUCCUCGGCGUGAAAGUCGAAGAAUGGGACUACCUGCACACGGGCAUCUACUGCGACGAGAUGGCGCGGUCUGGGCUGAGCGGGCCGAGCGGGUCGCUGACGGCGGGGUUUGCGUUCGGCACGCCGCCGAUCAUCAAGUAUGGCAGCGAGAAACUGCAGGAGAAGUUCCUGCCAGAUCUUCUGACGGGACGGAAGCGGAAUUGCAUUGCGAUCACGGAGCCGGAUGCGGGCAGUGACGUUGCGGGGAUUACGACGACGGCGACGAAGAGCGCGGAUGGGAGGUUUUAUAUCGUGAAUGGGAAUAAGAAGUGGAUCACCAACGGCAUCUGGUCGGACUAUAGCACGAUGGCCGUGCGGACGGGCGGCCCCGGCGCAGGGGGUCUGUCCCUCCUCGUCGUGCCAUUGAAGGGGUAUCCCGGCGUGACAAUGCAGCGCCUCAAAGUCGCCGGCCAGAUCACCGGCGGAACAACAUACAUCGAGCUGGACGACGUCAAAGUGCCCGUUGAGAACCUGAUCGGCGCCGAAGGCGACGGCAUGAAAAUGAUCAUGAACAACUUCAACCACGAGCGCCUUACCAUCGCCGUCGGCGUAACGCGGCAAGCGCGCGUCGCGCUCUCCACCGCAUUCGCCUACUGCAUGAAACGCGAGGCGUUUGGGAAAACGCUCAUGGACCAGCCUGUUGUCCGCCACCGGCUCGCGAAGGCAGGGGCCGAGCUCGAGACGAUGUGGGCGUUUGUCGAGCAGCUGCUGUACCAGAUGGUGCAUCUGCGGAAGGAGGAGACGGAUCGGCAGCUCGGGGGGAUUACGGCGCUGGCGAAGGCGAAGGGCGCGAUGGUGUUGAAUGAGUGUGCGCAGACGGCGGUGCUGCUGUUUGGGGGUGCUGGGUUCACGAGGCAGGGGCAAGGCGAGCUGGUCGAGGCGAUACUGCGGGAUGUGCCUGGUGCGAGGAUCCCCGGGGGCUCGGAGGAUGUGCUGUUGGAUUUGUCGAUUCGGCAGCUGGUGAAGCUGUUUAAGGCGGAGGAGGGGAAGUUGGGGAGGGCGAAGAUGUAG